CGGGCCGGGGCUGUUUACCCAAUCCGUCGGGGAGCCGCCGGGGGGAGCGGGCGGAGGGGCGGCACGGCGGAGGCAGGCACACGGCGGAGGCAGGGGCGCAGCCGCGGCGAGGGAUCGGCACGGGAAGCGGAGCCGGGGCAGAUGACAGCCUGGCCGGCGGAGUACCCCCCCGCCUGCGUCUCCCCGGCGGGGCCAGCCCGCGCUCGCACCUGACCAUGACCCCGCGCCGGUCCCGGCUGGGCCGCCCCGGCGUUUGCCGCUGAAGGGACCGGCUCCUCUCCGACCUCCCCCGCUGCCUUCCUCCUCCGCCUCCUGGCUGCCGAGGCUGCCGCCUCUUCCCGGAGUGAUGGGCUGCAUCGGAUCCCGCACCGUGGGAAAUGAGGUGAUUGCAGUAGACUGGAAAGGACUGAAAGAUGUGGACCAAAUCAAUAUGGACAGCACCAGUUCACUGCAUGGCAGCAGCUUCCACCGUCCUUCCACUGAGCAAACACGGACAGAUUUCUCCUGGGAUGGUAUCAAUCUCUCCAUGGAAGAUACGACCUCCAUCCUCCCCAAGCUGAAACGCAACUCCAAUGCUUAUGGGAUUGGGGCUUUGGCUAAAUCAUCUUUCUCUGGCCCCUUAGGGAUAUCCCGCAGCAUGAAGGACCAUGUCACAAAGCCAACGGCUAUGGGCCAAGGCCGUGUGGCUCACAUGAUUGAAUGGCAAGGCUGGGGUAAAGGUAACAGCCAGCAGCAGCAGCACACGCAUGAGACAGCACGCAAAGAUGCUGAUGCCUACUCAGACCUGAGUGACGGUGAAAAGGAGGCCCGAUUCCUUGCAGGAGUGAUGGAGCAAUUUGCUAUAUCAGAGGCGACUCUCAUGGCCUGGUCCUCUAUGGAUGGUGAGGAUGUGAGUGUAAACUCAAAUCAGGAGAAUCCAGCAGGCAACUACUCUGAGAACUAUCAGGAGCUAAUGGAGAGCCAAGAGCAUAUGGCCCAGACACAGUAUGAUAGCUGGCCUCAUUCCUAUGUCUCCCAGGGCAUGUAUUGCUUAGGUUCAUCUGAUGCCUGGGAGACCAGUGACCAGUCCCUCAUCGCUUCCCCAGCAACUGGCUCCUACCUAGGACAGAAUUUUGAUGAGUCCCAGACAAACCUUCAGGAAAGUAUUAUGAUUCAGAGCAGUCUUCUCCAGCAGCAACAGCUGCAGCCACAGCAGCAGGAGCAAAACUUCAUCCAGAGCACAGGGCUGGUCCAUGUGUGGCCCCUGCAGACUGCUCAGGGUGGGGAUGGGGCUGAGUCCAGCACCUACAUGGACGACCAUGUUGAGGACGAAGGGCACCCACAGCUGGAGAAGGCUCCUCUCCUAAACAAGAAGCCCUCUCCAGAGGAGGAUGAUGUAGUAUGCCGGGACCUGGAAUCUCUGUCUCCUCGAGAGGAGCUGGAACAUGCUGCACUGAGCCGCAAAGUCUCAGAUGUCACCUCCUCUGGGGUUCAAUCCUUUGAUGAGGAAGAGGGAGAAACAAACAACUGAUGCUUUCUGGGAAAUUUUCAUCAAUGCUGAACAAAGAGAUGGGUGGCAAGGAAUUAAAUGACAGGAAUUCUUCUCUCCAGCUCCCUGUACUUCCAAGCAGACACACCUUUCAUUCCUACAUUUAAUUAUUUUUUUAAACAAGAGGAAAAUCUCAGAGUGAUUGACACAUGAAGACCUUUCCCUCCGGUGUGGACAUAUAUUUUCUAUUUUCAUUGAUCUGGGCAAUGCACGUGAGGUGCUUGGAGAGAUCUGGAUUGGUAAAUCAUGUUUAAAUAUUAUAAAUACAAAGUCUUGGCUCUGGAUACAAACUUCUGGUACUGGGGAUGUGGCUGAUACGACAGGCUUGAUAUAGGGAGUGGCUAUGUGGCUAGAAUCCAUCCUGGCAAAAUGGAUGUUGCUUUGUGGACUUGAUGCCCUUUGAUAGAAUAUAUGAAUAUAGACUGUUUUAAAUGAAGAUAUGGCUUUACAAAUAUAGAUUGCACUAGUAUAGUGAUUAUGGCUGAUGCAGAGAAUAAGGCUGUAUUCAGUAUAGACUGUACUGAGAUGAAGGAUUUGCUGUGUAACCAGAUCCUCAGUAGCACCUUGAUAUGAAAUCGUUGGCUCAAUGGAUACAGACUGCGCUCCGUGGGCACGCACUGUGCUGCAGUACAGAUGGUGUGGAUCUGUGGGCAUGGCUCUACUGUGGCAUGAAAGAAUGGAUGCAGAUACGAAUCUAACCCUGCUCUGAGAUACUCAUGCUUUGGUUUCUUUCUUUCUAGUCUUUCAUUUAUUUGUUUCUGUCUUUGACAUUUCUACCUUCCUAGGAGCUGGCAAGAGUGGUGUGUCCUUUUGGCACUGAGCACUGGAUGCCAGUGGAAAGAACAUUUUCAGCUACGGAGACAGUCAUAAAAAGCUGACUCUUGUAGAGGGCUUGAGAACAUGUCCAUCUUGGUGCUGCUGCUGCAUCCUUCUGUCUUUUCCUUUGCCAGAAGCAUGGGGAGGCAGCAGAUCCAGGAAUAGUGUGUACAACUAUGAGAUCACAGAUAUCCAGUUUACAGUGGAAUUUUCAGUUGUUGCUUUUUUAAAAACUUUUUAUAUUGCUGGUUAAGUGUUCCUAAAAAAGCAGUUAAUAGUGGUAAAAGCCUGUACUCCAGUAUCAGAAAUACUGCACCUUUCCCAUUUCUGCCACUCCUUCUGCAGUGCCAAAUGUAGAUGGAGGAAAGAGGCUAGAGAGGAUGUUUCCUCCUCUUUCUUUCUUCUUCCUGACUAUAUUCCUGACUUCUUUUGUUUUCCUGCCCCCAAGCAAUGUAAAUAGUGCUCAACACUUGAUCUGUUUCUUUUCACAUUCCAUCUCUUUUUCAGGAGUGGAAAAAGCUGAUUUUAGGAGUUUUUUCCUAUUUGUAUGGGUUCCUUUUUUUUUUUUUUUGGUUUGUUCGUUUGUUUUGUUAAAAAACAAUGGUUCAUUGACUUGUGGGAAUUCAGUCUCUUGCAAUUGCUCACCAUGUUUCUACAGACCUCUUUUUGAAGGGGAGGGACUUUGAAAGGAAAUUGAAAACCUCUCUCAAGGUAGAAAUUUACCUUACCCUGAAACUGUCUCCUCUCAGGUGGAACUUUACCCUACUCAGCUUUCUCCCACUUACACAGGCAGCUGCAUGAAGAGGGAACUCCUCUAUGAACUCCCAAGUCUUUCUAGCCAAGACCAUGUCAAGAGGAUCUGUCUUCCCUCUCCAUUGCUCCUCUAAAGGAAAAGACCUUUGGAUAUUAAAGUAAGAUUGAUAAUUUGGUGUAGGUAAGAGACAAAAACUUUUGUGACCUUUUUUUUUCUUUUUUUUUUUUUACCCAUUUCCUUGUGCUUGCUUACAUCUGUCUUAGGAGGUAGCUCUUCUCCUGAAUGAUGAACUUUCAAUAUCUUUGUACAAAUGUUUACACAUUCAGGUGCUAACCUCUCCUGGGCAGCAACGCUUGAUAAAGAUGAAUCUACAGUUUUUGCAGGAUCAAUGCUAGUUCAUUUUCCUGAACUAUCUUGAGCCUAGUCAUGGAUCAGGGCCUAUGAAACGACAUGAACCAGAACAGGUGACAGGGCAAGUGCCAAGGGCACUUCAUCAGGUGACAAAUGAGCAACUGUUAAUUAUUUCUUUUUCUAAAAACCUUCAGGGAAACAGAAUGGUCUAGUAUGUUUCUUUGUGGGAGAAAAUUUGGGUUUAUUGCUUUUUUCUCACAGUUUUGUUCCCAUGUGCCUCUCCAGGACCAAUCUGGAUGUUUAUGGUAACUUUCAGAAUAGCUUCAAAUGAUCUUUCCGUGUUAUUUACAGGAUUGAGGUGAGAGGGCCAACUUGUCCAGGACUUUUUUCUUUUAAUGUGGACAUGUGGUACACUUACUAAGGUGUUUGAUCAACAUCUAAAAGAUGUACAUUUUCUCCAUGCAAGGGAGCGAGAGGGAAAUAUCUACACAGGAAAAAAUGAAAAAAAAAAUAAAAAAUUGAACUUAUAGAAAAUUCUGUGGAGUUCAAUAGCAGGGGAAAACCUGUCAAGUUUUCCAUUUUUCUAUGGAACGGGAUAGAGAAUCAUACCCUGCUUUAUAAUUUCAUAACCUUAUCUCUAGCAACCUGUAGAUAGACUCAUUCUCUGUGAAGUCUGACAGGUUUCAAGACUACUCUCUGUAAAAACUUUAAAGUUUUCUAAAUUCUAUAAAGCUUUUUCAUAAAGACCAUGACUUUCUGUGAAUAAAAUUUCAUGACCUCAUCCACAAUCCAAAAGAGAAAUGUAUCUUCCUCUCCAGUUGCAAGGAGCUUGACUAGAGAUAGCAGGCCUACCCGUAAUCAGUUGCAACCUGAGUGAGCAUCCAGAGCUGGACUGGAAAGGCAGUUUGAAUAUAAUUUGAAAAUGGUUUGUAUAACCUGGCCUUUUCUUAGGUAACAAGCCUGCUGCUUCUGUGUAUCCAGUAUCAGAGAGAGGGACCUGCAACCUACUGUGCAUUUUCCAGAAAAGCCAUUAUUAUAUAGCUACACCUAUUCAAGCAUAUGGAGGGCACAGGUGCUCUGUGAGCAAAAUUUGGCCUGCAGUUCUUUAUGCUGAUAAGGGUAAAUGAAUUGGAGGGAGUCCAGCCAAAUACUCAGAGUGCAAAUUGAACCCAUGAGGCUGAAAAUAAGGAGAGGUAAGCUGAGUAUGCUUGAUCUGGGGUCACUAAGAAACUGAGCUCUACUGUUUGUUUAUACAGGCCCUUUUUAGACCAGAGCUGCACUAUAUAGUUUUUGGAUAUUUCUUGAAGCAGCAAAGGUAGAAAAUUUCUUUUCUUUUUUUUUUUUUUUCUUUUUUUUUUUUUUUUCCUACCACCACCUCAAAGCCUUUGUCUUCAACAGGAGCUGCUGCUGUUAUUAUAGUGAAUAUGAAUGAAGGGUUAAACAUGUGACCCUAAUUGAAAGAAAACUCAGAUUCCACUGUAAGACAAUUCUAUCUUCCUUUUCCCAUGGUUGCAUAUUUUUGGCCAGUUAUACUACUUCAUUUAAACCCAGAGACUAGACUGGAGGAAGGAAUAGGGAAAUAAGAUUGGCAAAAUCCUGGCAGAUAAUAUGUUAAGAUUUGGAGCAAGCACUGGGCCAGCACCUUUGGGCCAGCAGUUUGAGUAUGCCCUAAUAAUGUAUGGGUAAUGAUUGCCUCAUAGCAAACUAAACAUAGGACAGGGGCAUGUUUCAUCUCUAAGGCGUAGUGUCUAGCUUGCCCAAAUGUUGAGGGCAGCUGGGUGAGUUAGGGGAUUGCUGAAUGGUACAUGAACAUUGUAUCACACAGGCUUUGAUUAAAAAAAAAAAAAAGUGGCUAUGGAACUGUGGCAUGUUAGGACCACCAAGUCAUUGGUUUGAGCCUCUGCUUAUCUACUAGUAGCUGUAACUCUUUCCUGUAUGACCAUUUAUGUAAUUUGAUGAAUAUCAAGUGAUUGUUUAAUUGUCCCCCUUGCUCUUUUUCCGGUGCUGGUGUCAGGAAUGACACAGUGCUAGUGCUUCUGUCACUGUGGUUGUAUGACUUAGGGGGAGGGCAGAUCUUAUUUUUUCUGCCUAAAAUCCAGUAGAGUCCACCACGUUUGGGAAUACUGGGUUGCACCCUUCCUAUUCAUCUUUCACAUGAGAUCUACAGGCCCUGCUGUGUUUCACAGUGUGGGAUCCUUCCCUUCAGAGCCCUGGGAUUACAAUGACUCAGAGAAUCAUUUUGCUUGCGCAGUCCAAACCUCAAAGUCAAGGACCAUACAAGAGAAGCUUACAUAAGUUCUUCUUUAUGUAAGUUUUAGGCUUUCUUCACAAGCCUUGUGAAUUUUUUCAACCCCAUUACCUUAGGCUUUGGGGUUGAGAAGUCAAUCUGCUACUUUAGUUUGUGUCUCUAAAUCAGCAACUUCUGUGAAGCCACUGACAAGUCACCCACUUCCACUUUCCCUCUUCUGCCCCCACCCCCCCUUACCUCUCUAAGACUUUAACAUCACCAUUCAUGAUAAGCUUGCAGCAGAGAACAGAAUUUAACCAUACCUCCAAGCUGAUCAAAAUGGGAAGCUGUUGUGAAGGAGGUAGCCCUCUACCCCAACUGUACCCAUCUCCCACAGUCCUUGUACAGAUACUAGCACACUGCUGACCUCAUAACAAACCAGGUCGCUUAUACCUUUCUAAAAUAAGGAAGAGGGAACAUCUGUGAGCAGAGGGAGAGCGAGCAUUAUUCUCAGCAGCUGGCCUUUAUAUUAGGCUUUGAAAUGGCAUCGCUGUGAUAAGUUGAAGCUGACAAAAGAAGCUGUCAUGCUUCCUCCCUUCCCUCAUCACCAGCUGUAUACUUCUGCUGCCUAAGAAGCACCAGUACUAACACUCAUUUUGCUGCUCAGGAACUGGCACCAUUGAAAACUAACCACAUCCCCUAUCAAAAUAAUAGUUUCAGUGGGAUCAGCAACUUGUAUUUUUUACAUGGCGAGGCAUGCAUCACUGAGGUCCUGUGAAACGUGCAGAUGGUCAUGUUGAACGAUGUUUCUCUGGCUGCAGAUGCAACUUAAAUUGCUUUAAGCUGACUGUGAAAUUUCUGUCAAAGAAAAAGAAACCCACCUGGGAAACCUGAGAGGAUAUACUCCCCCUAUCCUCCUUCCCUAGCAUUUUCCUUAGAAUUUUUAGUAUGCUGUACUCUGAUUUUGGGUUCCCUCCUCUUCCACAGGCUCCUUUGAAAUAAUCCCUUGCAAUCAGGCAGGAGGCCACGAGUAACUUGACAUACCCUUGAAACUGAUAAAACUGAUAUGCACAAAUCACUGAUGUACCCAGUGAUUACACUCCACA